AUGUCACCUACAGACAUGUCACCUACAGACCUGUCACCUACAGACAUGCCACCUACAGACAUCUCACCCACAGACAUGUCACCAACAGACAUGUCACCCACAGACAUGUCACCUACAGACAUGUCACCCACAGACAUGUCACCUACAGACAUGUCACCCACAGACAUGUCACCUACAGAUAUGUUACCAACAGACAUGUCACCUACAGACAUGUCAGCUACAGACAUUUUACACACAGAUAUGUUACCUACAGACAUGUCACCCACAGACCUGUCACCUACAGACAUGUCACCCACAGACCGGUCACCUACAGACAUGUCACCUACAGACAUGUCACCUACAGACAUGCCACCUACAGACAUGUCACCCACAGACAUGUCACCUACAUACAUGUCACCUACAGACAUGUCACCCACAGACAUGUUACCCUCAGACAUGUCACGAACAGGCAUGUCACCUACAGGCAUGUCACGAACAGGCAUGUCACCUACAGGCAUGUCACGAACAGGCAUGUCACCUACAGGCAUGUCACGAACAGGCAUGUCACCUACAGACAUGUCACCUACACACAAUGUCACCUACAGGCAUCAAAAUAUACUGAAGCUUCUCAAUCCCUCCCAGAAUUCAUUACGGUCAUCUGUCAACGGAUCACAAAUGUACCCCAAAUCAUGA